AUGGAGACGGUGGGUUCUACCAGGCUGGGUCGAGCUUCCUCUCGCUACGGUGCACCCGCAGUGUUCAGCGGUCCUGUCAGAAAAUGGGAGAAGAAAUGGGUCUAUGUUUCUCCUUCUUCCUUUAACAACAACAAAAAUAGUAAUGGUUCGUCUCGUUUACUUCUCCGCCGUUGGACUCCGGUUACCAACCGUUCUUCCGCUGAGGAUGCCCGUGAUGUCUCCGAUGAGCCACCCAGAAGGAAGUUUCGUUAUACUCCUAUUGCUGUGCUUGAAGAACAGAAAAAGGGAGCUGUGGAAAAGGUUGAAAAGGAACCAACAAUUGAGAGUGACCAAUUGACAGAUAGACAGUCAAAUGUGAAUCGUGAGGUGCACAGGAAGCUGAAUAUGAAUGAAAUUUCAGAGGACUCAAAGGAUUCAAACAUGAGUAAGGUGGAUCUUGGUUUGGACUUCCAAGGAAACAAUGGUAAAAACAGCCAGAACAGCGAUGAUCUAGUGGGUGGUCCAUGA